CAUGUCCAUUCAGAUAGACCAUCAGUUAGCUAUAAGACAAAAACACGAACCAAGAUUACAGUGGUUAACCAAUUUGAGAGAGUUGCGGCAGAAAGGCUCGCCUCGCCUAAAAGCAGCCGCUUGCCGCUGAUUUGCAGCUCGGACCAUCGCGACAACCGGGACAGGAUAAUUUUCUCAAAUACGGAGACCACAAAAAGCAGGAGAUUCAACAUGUUUGAAGCCUGGGGGCUUCCUCUCAUCCUGCAGGACAUCCUCUGCCUCAUCCUCGUUGGACUUCCCUUCUUCAUCCUCACCCCUCAACAUAACCCCUUUAAACGGGGUUUCUUCUGCAACGAUGAUUCCAUCAGAUACCCGCUCAAGGACGAUACCAUAUCCUACCAGCUGCUGGGCGGAGUCAUGAUCCCAUUCUCCCUGAUUGUGAUUGUCUGUGGGGAGUGCCUCUCCGUUUACUUUUCCUGCAUCAAGAAACGUUCUGCAGGGACCAAGUAUGUGGCAUGUAUCUACAAAGCUGUUGGAAGCUACGUGUUUGGAGCUGCGGUCAGCCAGUCACUGACAGAUAUAGCCAAAUACUCCAUUGGUCGAUUGAGGCCAAACUUCCUGGCUGUUUGUAAACCAGUCUGGGAUCAGAUUAACUGCAAAAACGGUGGAUACAUCGAGAGUUUCACCUGCACUGAAGACAAGUUUCUGGUGGAUGAGGCCAGGCUGUCCUUCUACUCUGGCCACUCAUCAUUCUCCAUGUACUGCAUGCUCUUCCUUAUACUCUAUAUUCAAGCCAGACUGAAGGUGGUGUGGGCCAGGCUCUUCCGUCCCACCAUCCAGUUCUUCCUUUUUGCCACUGCCGUGUAUGUGGGUCUGUCCCGAGUGUCUGACUACAAACAUCACUGGAGUGAUGUGCUCACUGGCCUCCUGCAUGGAGGUUUGGUGGCCAUUUUCACAGUUUCUUGUGUGGCCAACUAUUUUGAACAACCGCUAGAUGCAGCGGUAGCGCAGGAAGAAGAAGCCUCACCCACUAGUUUACAUGAAAACACAACCACAAGUUUGAACCACUAUGGUAGCACUGACUGACGCAGGAUCAUCUGUGUUUCUUUGUAGAAUACAGUAAAUGUUAAAAUGACCACAGAAGACCUGAAUAUAACACUGAGGAGGGUCUCUAAACCGCUGGCUCUUCACAGUUAUAUUUUGUAAAACCAGUAUCCACAGGCUAUGUUUUUGAUACCCUUAGUGUACACGUGAAAGGGAAUCACAGAAAAGACCGUAAUUGCACUUUAUUGAGGUGUAAAGACGCCGAUGAUUCAGACUGAUCUCACAUGAUUAUAAUUCCUCAGGGAAUUACACACCAAAAUACAGUGCGAUGUUUUUUCAUACAGAAAAAAAAAAAAGUCUUUUUACAGUGUACACUUGUUUGAAAUGUGGUUUCUGGUUUACAUUGGUCUGAUGUUGCCAUUUUCAAUGAAUGAAAUUCCUUUUGCCCUGAAUAUAAUGAGCAUCUCUGUGCACACUGCAAGCAGGCUUGUAGAGAGUCUGGCACCUGUGAAAAAGAAAACCUGGACUGGACCGUCCUCACAGCUCGAUGGAGCAGGAACUCAUAAAAAUAUAUAUUUGAUUUUAUGCCUUAGCCAGAAUGCUGCUAUCCACUGUCGCUGCCCUCCUAUGCCUGGAGUUUCCCUGGUAUCAAUAACUGCAGGGAUUUUUUUUUGUUUUUUUUUUAAUUUGUUCUGGUUUUGACCUAUUUUUUGUCUCAGAACUUGUCUUGCAGAACAUUUAUAUAAUAAAAAAAGGCAGUGAGGAAAAACAUGAAUAAAGAAAUGUUGAGACGUUUUGAUACCGAUAAUUGUGCAAUUUGUUUUUAAAGAAUAAAUCACAGAUGUGCGUGAAUGGAAAUGA